AUGUCUGUGGCUCUCUCUGAAUGUGGUCACUAUGUGGCUCACACUGAAGGUACCUCCAUCUCCAUCCAUAGCAUACUGCCGGAAAUCCAGCUUCGAAGCUAUAACUGUACCAAAGAUAUUCUGAAGCAUUUAAAUGUCUCGAUUGUCAACGAAAUCGUCUUCAAAGUUGAGGACGUGUACUGGGAAUCCGUUGAUUCUUCCAACAAAUCAACAAAGGUCGCUGUGUCAGUUUCUUCUAUGACAUUCAGCGCAGCACUCAUUUAUGACAUCACGAGAACUGGUGAUCCGAUUAUAAUAGAGCUGGAAUCACCUAUAUCACGCGUGUCGUGGAUACUAGGGGCCCCAGACGAGGGAAGUGCUUACAAGAACUGUACCCAAUUGGUGCUUUUCGAUAAGUACGGUUUGCUUGCACGUGUUUAUUCUCUUGAUUGUACAAGGGUUUUAUUUACCAUACCCAAACCGAUUGUUCAGGGUGUAUUGGAAAGACCUAAGCACCCAGAGUUCUGGUCUCUUCUACUGACAUCGUAUUACGACAAGAAUCUGACGUCUCGUUCGAUCUUAAUAGAUCUUCAAUCUGAUAGUCGUCCUUACUUGCUCCAUUUCAACAAUGUUUUCUCAAGAAGUGCCCUACUAGCAUCGUUGGAGAUGGACCAUCAGCCGUCUCCAUCGGCUGAGAUAACUUGGGAUCCUGAAGGCAGAUGGUUGUGCUUUUUUGACUCGGGAGACACCCUAUUUGGUUACUCCGUUAGGGUAUACAACAGCUUAGGGCUCUAUAAAAGAUCCGGAAGUUUGAAUGAAACCCACUUGGCCCUGCCAAUACUACACUCCACUCACACUAAGGGCAUAGGAUGGACUUUUUCAUGGUUGAACAUUGAAAACCUGCUAUUUAUAGCUGCUAUUCCAUCCCGCUCCAACAAGAGGCUUGAUCUCCGUGUCCACGGUGUCAGUCACUUGUCUCAUUGUUACCCUGCUGCUGUUGACCUCGAGCAAGCCGAUACCAUCUGGGUUUAUGAAGAUUUUGAUGGAGACGGCUCCUAUAGACGAACUGAUGCAUUGCCAGAGGCCGAGUUUGAAUGGAGGACAAUAAAGGAUAGUGGAGUCCAUCUCGUUCUUGCUACGGGGAGUGUUAUUGCUAUUAUAAGGCGCACGUCCCAUGGACCGCUAGUCAAAUUCGAGCCGGAGGCAUACAUCUCCUCACUGCGGUACAAGGAUAUUCAUUUCUAUCAGAACAGCAUUGUUCUUCUUUUUCAAGACCAUGUGGCGGUUUACGAAGCCGGAAACUUGUCAAUUCUAGCCAACAGCAGGUACUCGUUGGUAUCGAUGAAGGUCACGGAGAGUUCAGGAACUCGAACGAUAAGCUUGGUCGAGCAGACUCCGCAAGGACAGACCUGGCGUCAAAUUGGCCAGGAACCUCAGCAUGACGACAGCAUGCUGAUCCUCGACAAGAUGUCUUACAGAGAAGACAGUAGCAAGGUGGUGAACCUUGUUAAGGAGGUGGAGAGAAACGAGUGGGGAAGGGCCGCUAGACGGCGACUCACAGAAGACACCGAUACCUUCAAGCUAAACUUCAAAAGGCGCAGACCCCCUGGGCUUCCCGAACUACACUAA